UACUAACAUUACAUUAUAUACUGUAUCUGUUUAGCACCUUCGGCAAAUAUUUGGCUCCAAUUUUACCUCCAUCGAGGCUUACUUAUCACUUACCGUAUUCUUAAACAAUCCAAUGAUUAACCAUGUUCAUUUGUUGCAAGAUGUACAUUUUGCAUUGGAUCAAGAUAAACCGUGAUUUGAUAAUUUGUGAACCUACUUACACAUACAGUAGCUACUUCUACUCUCAUAGAUUUGUCCAUUUAUCCAUCCAUUUUCUGUGCCGCUUAUCCUCACUAGGGUCGCGGGUGUGCUGAAGGCUAUCCCAGCUUUCUUCGGGCGAGUGGCGGGGUACACCCUGAAUUGGUUGCCAGCCAAUCGCAGGGCACAUACAGUAUAAACAAACAACCAUUCGCACUGACAUUCACACCUACGGGCAAUUUCGAGUCUUCAAUCAACCUACCAUGCAUGUUUUUGGGAUGUGGAAGGAAACCGGUAACAAACUAGCACAGUAUAAUACAGUAUAUAGUUUACAAUAGUACUACCACGGUAAUACUAUUAUAGACUUUGAUAACAUACCAGGAUCGUGUUUUAUUUGUUUUACAAAAAAUGUAAACUAAUUACCUCCAUGUUGCAGAAGCGCAACCUGCAUUUAUCACAAGAAAAUAUAAAAAUAUUUAUAUAACUUAGAAUUAUUAUCCAUCCAUCCAUCCAUUUUCUGAGCCGCUUCUCCUCACUAGGGUCGCGGGCGUGCUGGAGCCUAUCCCAGCUGUCAUCGGGCAGGAGGCGGGGUACACCCUGAACUGGUUGCCAGCCAAUCGCAGGGCACAUCGAAACAAACAACCAUUCGCACUCACAGUCAUGCCUACGGGCAAUUUAGAGUCUCCAAUUAAUGCAUGUUUUUGGGAUGUGGGAGGAAACCGGAGUGCCCGGAGAAAACCCACGCAGGCACGGGGAGAACAUGCAAACUCCACACAGGCGGGGACGGGGAUUGAACCCCGCACCUCAGAACUCUUUCCUGCAUGCCUGCAGAGCAUUGGCAGUCUGCGCCGUCAUCACUGGCUUCUUUGGUGGCGUUCUCACUCUCAUUGGCAUGAAGUGCACCAAAAUAGGUGGAUCAGAGGUUGCAAAUGCAAGAGUGACCUUUGCAGGCGGAAUCACCUAUCUCACCUCAGGCUUCUGUGGCAUAAUCACUUACUCCUGGUGGGCCAACAGAGUCAUCACAGAAUUCCUCAACCCAAAUUUCAGGGCACAAAAAUUUGAGCUUGGAGCUGCUGUUUUCAUUGGCUGGGCGGGCUCCAUCCUUUUGCUGUCUGGUGGGACUGUGCUCACUUACUUCUCUGGAAAAGAAGGUCUUCCAUCAGGUUCCUCAAACCGGACACAUAGACCAGCCACAGCCCGGACCAGAAAGACCUACAUGCUGCCACCCACCUCAUCCAGGGUCACUCUGAGGCCACCGCUGUUUUAUGAGGGAAGGAAGAGUCGACCGAGCAGAGUGGCAACAAAGACAACUGGCACCUUCAGUAGGGAGGACUUUGUCUGAGCAAAAGGAGUAUUAUAAAGCGGACUUAUAUUGAUAAAAGACCACACCGGUAUUGGCCAUUCUUCUUGCUAAACCACAAAUGAGUUGCUUAAUGUCAAUUGACAGUCAAUGUUUUUAAAAACAAGUUUACUUACGUCUAACAUGAAAGUGUUGCCUCUUUAUUGUAACACACCAUGUUAUUGAUGAAUGUUUCAUAAUGAGCUUAUUGUCACUGUGCAUUAUUCGGAAAUUACCUUCUUCAGACUUCUUACUGGCUAAAAUAAAUAAGGGUUAUAGCCCCCCUUGUUCCUUUGGCAUGACCUUAAGAGACUGCAAAUGUCUCUUCAGGAAGGACAUUUUUUCUUGUACAGUUAAUAAUCAUUUACUAUAAACACGACACUAUGCUGCAGAGAUACAUGCUACUACAAACCCCAAUUCCAAUGAAGUUGUGACAUUGUGUAAAACGUAAAAAAAAACAGAAUACAGUGAUUUGAAAAUCCUUUUCAACCUACUGUAUUCAAUUGAAUACACUACAAAGACAAUAUAUUUAAUGUUCAAUGUUCAAUUCAAGGCGGCACGGUGGCCGGCUAGUUAGAGCGUCAGCCUCACAGUACUGAGGACAGGGGUUCAAUCCCCGGCCCCGCCUGUGUGGAGUUUGCAUGUUCUCCCCGUGCCUGCGUGGGUUUUCUCCGGGCACUCCGGUUACCUCCCACAUCCCAAAAACAUGCAUGAAUUGGAGACUCUGAAUUGCCCGUAGGUGUGAUUGUGAGUGUGAAUGGUUGUUUGUUUGAAUGUGCCCUGCGAUUGGCUGGCAACCAGUUCAGGAUGUACCCCGCCUCCUGCCCGAUGAUAGCUGGGAUAGGCUACAGCACGCCCGUGACCCUAGUGAGGAGAAGCGGCUCAGAAAAUGGAUGGAUGGAUGUUAAAUUCAAACUGAUGAAUGUUAUUGUUAAAUUUCAAAUAUCUCUUCCUAUUUUGAAUUUGAUGCCAGCAACAAAAGACUGAGAAAGUUGAGGAAUUCUUGAAAAAAGGAAAAAGAAGAAAGAAAAAACACCCUUCUGGAACAUUUCAGAGAUGAACAGGUUCAUUGGAAAUAUGGAGGUGAGGUGCAGGUCACUAUAUCUACAAAUGCAAGUUAAAACUCUAUCAUUCAAAGCGAAAGCCAUAUAUCAACAACACCCAGAAACGCCGCCGGCUUCUGUGAGCCCGAGCUAAUCUGAGAGGGACAUAUGCAAAGUGGAAAACUGUAUUGUAGUCUGACGGGUCCACGUUUCAAAUUGUUUUGGGAAAUCAUGUUUGUCGUGUCCUGCGGGCUAAAGAGGAAAAGGACAAUCCGGAUUGUUAUCAGCGCAAAGUUCAAAUGCCAUUUGAUGGUAUGGGGGUGUGUUAGUGCCCAUGGAAUGGGUAAUUCUCACAUAUGUGAAGGCACAAUUAAUGCUGAAAGGUACAUACAGGUUUUAGAGCAACAUAUGCUGCCAUCCAAGCAACAUCUUUUUCAGGGACAUACCUGCUAAUUUCAGCAAGGUAAUGCCAAGCCACAUUCUGUUACAAUAGCAUUUUCUUCAUAGUAAAAGAGUGCAAGUACUAGAUUCGCCUCCCAGCAGUCCAGACCUGUCUCCCAUUGAAAAUACACUUUGUGGCGCAUUAUUAAGCACAAAAUAAGACAACGGUGACCUCCAACUGUAGAGCAACUGAAGUUGUACAUCAAGCAAGAAUGGGAAAUAAUUCCACCUACAAAGCUUCAACAAUUAGUGUCCUCAGUUCCCAAAUGCUUAUUGAGUGUUGUUAAAAGGAAAGGUGGUAAACAUGCCACUGUCCCAGCUUUGUUGGAACAUGUUACAGGCAUCAAAUUCAAAUUGAGUCAAUAUAUGCAAAAAAAACAAGUUUAUCAGUUUGAAUAUUAAAUAUCAUGUCUUUGCACUUUAUUACUGUACUUUUGCUGCUCACAUCUUGUAGGUUUUAUUAUGUACUGUAUGUCUUGUCCAAAUGCAUCUGCUGCAAAUCAAAUUGCCCUUUGAUGGGACAUUUAAUAAAGUUACUGACAUUAA